AUGGAGAUUGAUAGAGACAGGCCGAAGUUAUCAAAUGCUUUCAUUGAAGCGCAUAAACUCAGAGAGUUGAAAAUUGAUAUAGACGAAAAGUUAGAACCUGACUCUGAGUGUUGUAUUUAUAGGGUUCCUAAAGAGCUUCGCAAAAUAAAUAAAGCUGCAUAUACUCCUCAAUUAGUUUCAAUAGGUCCUUUCCAUCAUGGCAACAAGGAUUUGGCUGAAAUGGAAAUACAAAAAGUAAGAUAUAAAAAAGAGUUUGGUAAACGAAUCAGUGAGGAGAGAUUGGAGGAUUUUAUUGCCUUCAUUGAAAGGGAGGAGAAACACAUUCGUAAUUGCUAUUCAGACACUUCCCCUCUUAAAAGUCCUGAUUUUAUAACAAUGAUUUUGUAUGAUGCAAUCUUCAUCAUUGAGCUUCUCUUGAGAUUUAACGAAGGCAAAGAUGAUUUUUUGCUAAAUAAUAUAAGAUUCGAAAUUCGUUUAAAGCGAGACUUGCGAUUACUUGAAAAUCAACUCCCACGCUUCGUCCUCGAAGAAUUAUACAAGUCAACUGGAAUUAAAGUACGAUCCGUCCUUUCUCUUUUUAUUUUUUUCUUCUAUGAUAGUGAUGAGUGCACUGACAACCAACACGUUCAUUAUCAUCGAAACGUUAAUCAUUUCACUGAUUUGUGGAGAAGUAUGUUGCUGCAUAUCAACCCUGAAGCCAAUGAUUCUUCUUCAGUUUUACCUUCGGCAGUCCCUAAAGGCAAUGAUUCUCUUUGUUCAGAUUUUCCUUCAGCAGUCAAACUGAAAGAAUCAGGAAUGAAGUUUACAGCUCUUAAAGGAAAGUCUUUACUUGAUAUAGAACUAAAACAGGGAAAUUUUAAAAUCCCAAUUCCAUGCUUUAGUGGAGUUGAGUUAAAAAUUCCCUGUUUGCAUGUAGGUGGCAAAACGGAAGCUGUGAUACGGAAUGUAAUGGCAUUUGAACAAUGUCAUUAUCCAUCAAAAACCCACGUUUGUAACUACAUCGCUUUUAUGAAGUUUCUUAUCCGCACAGAGAAGGAUGUAGAUUUGCUUAUUGAAGAAGGAAUUAUUUCAAAUUUGAUGGGCGACAGUGCUACAAUCGUACGGAUGUUUAACGGACUUUCCAUUAGCGUUGUUGUAAGUCGUUCCCGUUAUAGUGGCAUUGUCAGGGAUCUAAAAUCACAUUAUAGCAAUGGCUGGAACCAUAAAGGGGCAACCUUGAAAAGAGUUUAUUUCGGCAAUCCAUGGAAAGGCACAGGAACUAUUGCUGCAAUUGUACUGCUACUGCUAACUUUAAUACAAACCAUUUGUUCCAUUAUGCAAGCUGUGUGA